CCCACGGUCACCAAGGAGGAGUUACAUGCUGCUGCANAAGGAAGAGGCUUCUCCAUCCCGACCGGCAGUCAAGAUGAGACGGACUUUCUCUUACUGCAAAACAGCUUCGACGCUGUGGCCUCGACCGUAGCAGCUCUUCCCGACUAUAUCGAUCCAAGACUUGAGCCAACACCAGUAGAAGGUGGGGAGCGAAAAUGGAACAAACCAACCACUGAGGAGAAUCCUCUUAAUGCUUGGUCGCAUAAGGCAUCUUCUCCUACAAGCAGAGCGCUUGCCGGGAAGACUCUUGCCAUGAAGGAUAAUGUCAGUGUAUCUGGAGCACCCUUACGCUUGGGCACUGCUCCAGAGUUGUUCAAGGGCGGAAAACAUGCUAUCAGUGAAAUUGACGCCACAGUGGUCAAACGAAUCCUCGAAGCCUCUGGCACAAUCACUGGAACAGCAGUAUGCGAAAACUUCAGUCUGUUUCCUACCUCUGUUUCAGCAGAUAGUGGACCAGUCCACAAUGCAUGGGCCCAAGGCUAUAUGACUGGAGGCAGUAGCUCAGGCUGUGCCUCAUUGGUUUCGGCCAAGGACGUCAGAGACUGGAAGGAAAAGAACGGAUUGACCUUCAAGACGACCGCACUUGUAGAAGAGGGUGUGGAUAUGGCGAUCGGUGGAGACCAGGGAGGUUCUAUUCGUGCACCAGCAUCGUUUGGUGGAUUUUAUGGGCUCAAGCCUACAACAGGACUGGUUCCCUACACAGGCAUAGUGUCUAUUCUGCCAAUGAUCGACUCGGCAGGACCCAUGGCAAGAUCCAUUGAGGAUAUCGCACUGUUGCUUGGCGUCAUUGCAGGCUAUGAUGGCAUCGACCCUCGUCAGACUCCAGAAACGCCUCUUCGUCAGGCCGUACCCGAUUACACUGGGCUCAUUGCCGAGUGGCAGGCAGCCAAAAAGGAAGCCGGCGAAUGGACCGCAUCAGCUGCAGCAAAAGGGCUCCGGAUCGGCAUCCUCAAAGAAGCAUGGGAGAUCGCCGGCCUGAACACCGACGUGGCCGCGAUCGUCAGGGCUGCAGCGGAGAGAUUUGGUAAGCUCGGGGCGGAGGUCCACGAGGUGUCGGUGCCACUGCAUCUGCUAGGUCCGUCGAUUUGGACCGUUGCAGGUCGCGAGGCCAUUCCGCGAUUCUUCGAGAACAGGGCUUCUGACCUGCUUUCUCACNCCUUGCCAGGGCUGGAACCGAACCCCACUAAUCAAAUGUUUUACGACAAGUUGGUCUACAGGAACCCGGCUGUCAUCAAUGUUGUGCUCAACGCCGAGCACAUGGAGACUAAAUACGGACCUUCGCUUACACGCAAGGCUCACAUGCUUGUCCAUCAACUGCGUGCAGAGUAUGACAAGGUGUUUGAGAAUGUCGAUAUUCUGAUCACGCCGACAACGCCUACCGUGGCAAACAAGCACUGUAACUAUACUAGUGUCAUGGAGAUUGCACAAAAGGCUGUGGGUGUGACGCUGAAUACUGCACCAUUCAACUGUUCUGGGCACCCUGCGAUGUCAAUUCCAUGUGGUUGGUCAGAAACCAGCGAUGGCGAAGGCAAGCUUCCGGUCGGUAUGCAGCUCGUAGGCAAGAGAUGGCAUGAGAUGGACAUACUGAAGGCCGCAACUGCUUGGGAGAUCUUGGGCAAAGGACUGGAUUCU